AUGCCUAAAACCCUGUCUGUCCCCCUUCCCCGCCAAUGUUCCGGAGAUUUGGGUGUUUGGCAACCCAGAAAAACGAAAGAAAAUAAGAAAAAACCAGAGGUUGGAGGGAGGUCGGCAGAAGAUGGAGGAGAGAGCAAAAUGCUUGGCAUUGCUCGGAUUCGGAGCUCUGGUAGGCUCUGUUUCCACCAUCCUUCUCUUGAAGUUUCGACCAAGGACUGUCAACGGAUGCGAUGAAAAGGGAGGUAUAGGGCCUGUAUCCAAGACACGAACAAAUUGUUGUGCAGUUUCUGGGAAUGGGAAUAACAAGAUGGCUGGUGUAGAUCUUCUAAGUGAUGAAAUAGUUUCUGAACAACUAACAAGGAACAUUCAAUUUUUCGGACUUGAGCCUCAACAAAAAGUUACUGCAUCCUAUGUUGUGGUCAUUGGUCUUGGAGGAGUUGGAAGUCAUGCUGCAUCAAUGCUUUUGCGAUCAGGGGUUGGAAGGCUCCUCCUUGUGGACUUUGAUCAGGUAUCAGUUUCAUCACUCAAUCGACAUGCUGUUGCAACAAGAGCAGAUGUUGGCAUCCCUAAGGCUCAAUGUCUGAAAGAGCAUUUCUUGUCAAUCUUCCCAGAGUGCCACAUAGAUGCAAAAGUUUUAUUAUACAAUGAAUCAUCUGAAGAAGAAAUCCUUGCGGGUCAUCCUGAUUUUGUUUUAGAUUGCAUUGAUAACAUCGAUACAAAGGUGGCACUUCUUGCUGCAUGUGUGCGUAGGGGUUUGAAUGUAUUAUCAGCAACAGGAGCUGGUGCUAGAGCUGACCCAACUAGAAUACGCGUUGCUGAUUUAAGACAAUCAACAAAUGAUCCAUUAUCCCGAUCUGUAAGACACCGUUUAAGGAGAGAUUAUGGUAUUGAGGGUGGCGUAACUGUUGUAUUUUCAUUAGAGAAGCCUAAGGCAAAGCUUCUUCCAUUCAAAGGACCAAGUGGAGAGGAAGAAAAUCCUUCAGAUUAUCAGAUCCUACCGGGGUUCAGGGUUCGCAUAAUACCUGUUCUUGGCACCAUCCCUGCAAUAUUUGGACAGGUCAUGGCCUCCUUUGUUUUGACGCAACUGGCUGGAUUGCAAGUUCAAACAGAGCCUAUAGUAAAUUUGGACAUUGACCAUUACCGGAUGCUUCACCAACGCCUUAUUGAACAUGAGGAGUCAUUGUAUGGAACUGCCUUGCAUGUCCAGGUGGAUGUUGAGGAAGUGAUGUAUAUUGCAAAAGAGUGGCAUGGAAGAAGUGCAAGAGAGCCAUUCGCUAAAGAUGUAGGACGUGGGAUGUGGCGAUCGGUAAAUGAGUUAAUGCUUGUGAGGUGGGACAGGGAAAAGCCGGCAUCUGUAUCCAACCUAAUUCUCUUAAAAUUUAAAGAGGCAGAUGAACAUGAAUCGAUUACUCUGGAGGAUAUUAAAGAAAGAGAAGCAGAGUUUUUCGAUAGAGUGACCUCUGUUCUGAAGCGUGCUGAGCUAGAAUUUGGCUUGUAACCAACGAGGCUCGUGACUCGUGAGCUGAGAAGGUCUCUGUAACUAACAACCUUUGAUACAUGUACGUCUAAACUCGAUCGAUAUAAAGUUUGGAUCCGUUUCAGCAGCGUUUCAAUCUUCACUAAAUAUGUAUUUUACAUGAACAUGGUUGUUAUAUUACUAUUGGAACUUGAAACUGGGCAUCGAAACAAAGAGCCUUUUUUGCA